AUAACCGUGGUUUAUUAAGUCCACAUGUAAUUUGGUUUGGUUUAUUUAUUGAUGUACCUUUUCAAAAAAAUUGUUUAUGCGUGCUUAAAUAAUUCAGUCUUACAAAAUCUUUGAAGUGUUAUCUCUUACAUUCUUUGAUUAAUCUAGAACAAUAAAGAUGGAAUUUCAAGCAGUUAUAAUGGCCGCUGGUACUGGUUCAAGAAUGAGGGAAAUAACUUCAGGAAUUUCAAAAUGCUUAUUACCUGUUGGAAAUGUACCUUUGAUCAUGUGUUCUUUAAAUAUUGUAAAGAAAGCUGGAUUCUCUUCUGCAAUAGUAUUAGUACGAGAAAAUGAAAAGGCUAAAAUUCAAAGUGCCAUUGAAGAUAAGUUUGGAUUGAAGUUAGAUAUUAUUGGUAUACCAAAAAAUGAAGAUUGGGGUACUGCUGAUAGUUUGCGAUAUAUCAAAGAUAAAAUAAAAUCACAUGUUGUUGUUUUAAGUUGCGAUAUAAUAUCAGAUUUUAAUCUUCAAAAUAUGUUGAAUGCACAUCGUUGUCAAGGCUCAUCAUUAACCAUUUUGUUAGUGCCUUUCCCUAAAUCACUAAAAGAAGCAGAUAUGCCUGGAUCCAAAAAGAAAUGCAAGUUUGAACGUGAUAUCAUUGCCAUGGAUUCUAGUGGAAAACUAAUUUUUAUCAAUUCAGAGGCUGAUUUUGAAGAAACUGUACCUUUUAAGUUAAGUAUUCUUGAAAAAAACAGUGAAGUCAAAGUCUAUAGUAACUUAAUGGAUGCUCAUGUGUAUAUCAUAAAAAAGGAUUUGGUCAAUUUUAUUGUAAACAGUGAGCAUAUUUCAACUUUAAAGGGGGAAUUUUUACCAGCUGCUGUUAAAAAGCAAUUUACUUCUAAAAAACAAAAUAGCAAAGGUGAAUGUGAAGCAUCAUUAAGUAGUAUUCUAAAUCAAGAUUGGAUUGAUUUAAAAAAACUUGCUUUUGAGUUGAGUUCUGCAUAUUCUGGACGUAUCUUAAAACCCGCUUUAGAAGAUGAGUUUGUUUGUUUUUCUUAUAUCGACAGAGAUUGCUUUUGUACUAGAGUUAAUACUUUGGUUGCUUAUGCAGAUAUCAACAAAAAAAUAACGAAGAACUUUUCCAUAAUGGGGGUUGAACCAUCUAAAACUCACCAAUAUCCAAAAUCGCAAGUUGAUGCAGAAAGUGUUGUUGGAGAAAAUACUGAAUUACUUGCCAAGGCAUCUAUCAAACAGACUGCAUUGGGUUCUAAUUGUAAAUUAAGUGAAAAAGUCAAAAUAACAAACUCUAUUAUAAUGGAUAAUGUGACCUUUGGAAAAGAGUGCUCAAUACAGAAUAGUAUAAUUUGUUCUAAUGUUAUUUUGGAAGAUAAUUGUAGCUUCAAAAACAGUGUUAUUGGACCAGAUCAGACUAUUAAAACUUUGACGAAAUUAAACAGUGAAAUUUUACAUGGUUCUGAGCAUCUUAUGCAAAUAUAAUUUGAUACUGAUAUAAAAAAAACUGUACAUUUUAGAAAUUAAAUCUUUUUUUUUUUUUC